AUGUUUAUUAUUUACCGCCUUGUGUUACAAGAGGAUAAAAGGAUAGGCCCUCAAUUGGAUAGUCCAUUGUGCAAUUAUGACACCAGUUCAUGUCUACCUGGCGCAAUCUUAUCUUUUACCGAUUAUAUUACCAAAAUUAUGCAUAGUUUAUCCAGUGGCGGCUUGAUUGUUUGUGCUAUUAUGAAACAAGGCACAUGCCAAAUCAGGUCAACAGACGAUUUAAGCAUACUCAGCAAUUCUUCGGUAAUAGUCGCGCCUAACGAUAUCAGUGCUACCUGUAUAUCAUUAAUUGACAGCAAUGGUAAUUUACAUUUCGCUGCUACUGUCACCAAUGAAUCAUCGUAUGGAGAAUCACUUCCACUAGUGUCGACCCUCGAGCCACCUAAUUACGAUAUUAUUGGUACCGGGUCACUGGAAGGUGAAGCAGCAGUUCACAUCCGAACUGAGUACCGCUUUCGUUUUCGCAUUCACUUCGUUGCGGCGUUUUUUCACAAGCAUUAUGUUUACUAUCUAAAUGUUCAAAAUAAACAUUUAUCAAAUGGACGGCCACCAUUUACUGUUUCGAAAUUAAUACGAAUUUGUCGUGAUGAUCACAGAAUACAUUGCGCAUUGAAAAAUGAAUACGAAUGGGUCAAAAGUAAUGGCAUUUGUUUGCUGGAAAAACUUUCUACUGAUCAAUGCACCGAAACACGUGAAAUAAUUGAAUGUUUAAAAUAUUUACUUUGUUAUAAUGAGACUGAUAUGAAUGAUAUUUAUGCUGCUGUACAGCUUGAAUAA